AUGGUCGCCCCGGUGCUCGUCGGCACUUUCUUCUUGUUAGCAACAGGCGCUGCGGCUGUCGGUAGAACGUCGAAGGGAAAUAUCUCCCGUCCGCCCGUGGUGCCCAAGAUCCUGUUCUCCAGCACCGAGCCUGUCACGGACCAUAAUGGCGCCGAGAUUCCACCUUACAAUACACAACGCUACUGGCAUACAUGGGAAUUCUACGAGCCAGGCGGUCCUAUAAUUUUGACCACUCCCGGAGAAGAGAACGCUGACGGCUAUGAAUUUCUCUUGACGGACCAAAGCAUCAACGGAUUGAUUGCCCAGCAGCAGCACGGAGCGACAAUUGUCCUCGAGCAUCGCUACUAUGGUUACUCCAAUCCCUAUAUCGACCUCUCUACUGAAAGCCUCCGAUACCACACCAUUCAGCAGGCUAUCGACGAUCUGGAGUACUUUGCAUACAAUGUUGAACUGGCUAUGCCAGGUGGCAACAAUGUCACGCCUGCCGAUGCAUCAUGGAUUCUGACAGGCUGCAGCUACGCCGGUGCUCUGACGAGCUUCCCUAAGGUCAACGACUAUUGGGGAUAUUUUGACAUUGUUAGGCAGUUCAUGCCGCAGAAUUGCUCUGCGGACGUCCAGGCCGUGAUUUCGUAUAUCGAUGAAGUAGUCACGUCCAACGACGCUGCCCAAAUCAGCACGAUCAAGGAGGUCUUCAAUAUGGACCUCACACAUCUCGACGACUUCGCUUAUGCCUUGGCCAGAUCGCUCUAUUAUUGGCAGGACCUGCACGGUAAUCUCAGCAAUGGGUACUUCUAUUCAUUCUGUGAUGCAUUAGAAGUUGUCGAUGGCGUCGCUGCCGGCGCCGAAGGACAAGGACUCGAUCAUGCAUUGCAGGUGUUUGGAUCUUGGCUCGUGCCGCCAGUAUGCGGGUCGGGGACUCCUGCAGACGAGUGCCUGGGAACAUACGAUCCGACUAGCUAUGUGUACACCGAUAUCAAUAACGCGGAGCGCUCCUGGAUGUGGAUAGACGGUGCUCCUGAGGGAGUUCCUACCAUAGUGUCCCGUCUGAUCACACCUGCCUAUAUCGAGCGACAGUGCACGUACUACUUCCCGGAGGCAUUCAGUGCUCCGACUGCGCCUCGAGUGGAUGCUACGAACGCUGCAUAUGGUGGCUGGUUCGUCCAGGCGGACCGCUUGUUCUUCGCGAAUGGAAAGCGCGACCCUUGGCGCGACGCAACCGUCUCCGCCGACGGGACGGACUUCUCGAGCACAUCCAUGCAGCCCAUCGCUGUCGGCGACGGUUUUCACUGCUCGGAUUACUACGCGCAGAAUGCGCAGGAUCCCACUGUUGCUGCGGUCCAGAAUAGAGGUCUCGCUGCAAUCAAGGAAUGGCUUUCGAGCUGGACGCCGCCCACUGACACAUGUGAUCAUAAGGAUCAGGGUGACAUCAAUGGUUCCAUUCACAAGUGA